CCCCACCCUAACGACCAUCACAAUCCUCCACUUGUUCAAUUUCACCUCUCUUUUGUCUCUUCUGUACUUUCCAAAAUUCUUAAAACUCUACGUAAUCAACAUCUUUUUUUUUUCCUUCUAUACAGAUUAAUUUGGAUCGCAGAUAAGGCAGCGUUUCGAUAGGGGCCAUGGAAAUUCCGGUUAUCAACAGAAUAAGCGAUUUUGAAGCGGGCAUAAACUCUUUAAACAACCCAUCUUUCCUUUCCCAAGUUUUUUCCCUUUCUGGGAUUGAGAAAAUCUACGAAGCUUAUAGUUUUUGGAAAUGGGGAGCUCUGAUUCUUGCCCUAGUAGCGUCCUUAUCUACCAUAAUCAAUAGACUCAAGAUUUUGAUCAUCAGAUUCCGGCGAGACCAUUCUUUACCAUCUCAACCUCUUCUUCAUGACACCGAUUUCGACACUGACACGGAUUGCUCCUGCUCAUCUUCAGAAGACGAACGAGAAUACGAGGAGCCGUCGACUUCUCAGAGCUGGAGACAAGUUGAUGAGAAUUUUCGGGUUAGAGGGUCGGCUCAUUGUAUCGACGACCAGUGGCAAAACCGUAAAUUUACCCUUCGAAAGCGGCGAAGCAGCAUCGGGGACUUGUUCUCUUGGGCUGAGGAGCUAACCAGCGGAAAAAGCGUGGUGAAGCUAUGGGACAACCUAGGGUUAGGGUUCGGUUUGGACCUCGAUGAAAGCGACAACGUUUUAAACGUGUACGACGUUAACAAAGAAACAAAACUCACGUCCUUUUUUGGCGGGAAAUGUAUUUUCCAGGCGGUUUCGGCACCGUCCUCGUCGUCCGCGGUUGUCGUAAGCGCUGGCGCUGAUUCAUCAUUUCGACGAGUCGCUGUCAGCGCGUGGGACACGCGCCUUCCUUGUCGAAUACCGUCGAUUCUAGCAGAAUGGAGGCCGAAAAAGUCUGUGGAGAAAAUCGCAGCGGUCAAUGCCGGCGGCGUCGAGAAGGUUUACAUCAGGGAUGACGUCACGGGGGAGUUAACGGUGGCUGAUAUGAGGAAGGUGAGCUCGCCAUUGAAGAGUUUAACAGAAUCUGACGUGGAUACUUGGUGGGAUGCUAACGCCGUCAUCGUCUCGGACGAGUCCGUUGACGAGUCAAUUCAGUGACUCAGUUAACACCUCCAUUUAGAGUAAUAAGACUUGAUUGAAUUCAAAUGUGAAAAAAUCGUAGGGGAGUGGAUGGAGGGACACUUUUGUAAAUAAUCAUAUCAUCCUUAUUUUUUAUUUUCCAAUGUUGUAGUAAUUUGAUUGCGUAUCCUUUGAUUCAGUAAAACCACAACCACUUGCUUAGAAUUGGAUA